GGGUACUGAGGUCACUCCGCUGCGCACCCUUGCACACCCUGGUUGACUUCUUCAGCAAGGAUGGAUCCGCUUAAGGAGAGCUUGUACGAGAACCCGUAUGAGAACCAGAAUGAGACACCGGUGUUGUAUGAGACCGCCUACGAGCCGACAUACGAGGCGGCAAACGAGCCGACAUACGAGGCGACAAACGAGCCGACAUACGAGGCGACAAACGAGGCGACAUACGAGGAGCCUUCCCGCCUGUAUAUGAACACGCUCGCUGAAGGAGGAAUACCCGCUCCUCCGUCACCGCCACCACCACCACCUCUCAUGUCCAUGGACAGGCGCGGCAGUGCGUCCUCUUCCUCAUCCUCAUUGUCUGCGUCCUCUUCCCAUGCUGAAGACAAAGAGAAGGAAGAAGUCCAGGACUGCAGUAUGCAGGAGGAGGACGGGAAACACACAGACGAAGAAGAAGAAAAGGCAGAAGAACGGGUGGAGGAGAGGGUCAGCACCAUGGAGUUAAAUUGGGAGGGAGGGUCUCCAGUGGUGGAUCAGGGGAACUCAUCACGCAGGUCUUCGUCCUCAUCCUCCUCCUCAUCAUCGUCUUCUGAAAAGGAGCAGCCCGGUUCUGAGGGGGACGAAAAUAAGGUCACACUUUUCGUUAAGGCUGGCAGCGAUGGGGAGAGCAUCGGAAACUGUCCCUUUUCCCAGCGGCUCUUCAUGAUCCUGUGGUUGAAAGGAGUCGUUUUCAAUGUCACCACUGUUGACCUAAAGAGGAAACCUGCUGAUCUCCAUGACCUGGCCCCAGGGACACACCCGCCCUUCCUCACCUUCCAGGGUGAAGUCCUCACCGAUGUCAACAAAGUAGAAGAAUACCUGGAGCAGAUGCUGGCUCCACCCAAGUAUCCCAAACUCGCAGCAAAGAACCGGGAAUCCAACACAGCAGGAAAUGACAUAUUUGCCAAGUUCUCAGCCUACGUCAAAAACACAAAACCAGAUAAAAAUCAAGCACUGGAGCAGGCCCUGAACAAGGCCCUGUCUAAGCUGGACGACUACCUGACGAGUCCCAUCCCCGAGGAGCUACAGAACGGCCGCCACAUCGGCGAGGGGGAAUCCUCCCGCAAAUAUCUGGAUGGAGACGAGAUGACGCUGGCUGACUGCAACCUCCUCCCUAAACUCCAUGUUGUCAAGGUGGUUGCAAAGAAAUACAGAAACUAUGACAUCCCGUCUGAAUAUAAGGGGCUGUGGCGUUACCUCGGCAACGCCUACACCCGAGACGAGUUCAGCAACACAUGUGCUGCUGACACGGAAAUCGAGCUGGCCUACAAGGACGUAGCGAAGAGGCUUGGAAAGUGAACCCUGCACUGAAAAAAAAACGAUGCUAUGUUUGUUUCCUUAAAGAUUUCUUAUAGAUCAUAAAUUUAAAGAAAACUAAACUCUGUGCAUGACGCUCAUUUAAACACUGAAGUCCUAAAUAUUGUUGAAUAUGGUGUAAAUACGAUCCAUCAAAUUUUUUUUUAAGGUGCUGUGCAGCUGCAGAUGAAUGAUGCCUUGACAUUUGUGUAGUUACAACGUGAAUAUAUAUCUACAAUUCAUCAGAAAUUAUAGUGCGAGGGAAAAAAAUCCUUAAAAGGUAAUUGAAUCAGUCAGGCUUGAACCACUUUGACCCUGGAGCGUGGUAAAUUCCAUUUUUGGCUUUCCCCAAACCAA